AUAGCUCAGCUCAUUUUCACUUCAAAUGCAUCUUUCACAUUAAAACAAUUUUUCCACAAUAACAUAAGAGAAAAAAAUGACACACAAAGUUGUUUUGUCUCUCCUCCCUUUUCUCCUGCUCUUGUUGAUUAAUGGAGAAGGAAGUUUUGCUAGAUAUAUAAAACUUCCACAAGAGAAUGUAGAAGAAAAACAAGUUGCUCAGUUUUAUCUUGAUGGUUGGCUCAAAAAUCCAUUGAAGAACCAAAAACUCAUUUCUAACUCCAACCAAGUUUAUCUUGAUGGAUGGUUGAAAGAUACUCGAUCUCAGAGCACAAAAUCCACCCGUGACGCCAAUAAAGUUUACCUUGAUGGGUGGUUGAAAAAUACCAGAGCUGAGAAAGAAAAAUCUAACCCAGACUCCAACCAAGUUUACCUUGAUGGAUGGUUGAAAGAUACCCGAGCUGAGAAAGCUAAAUCUACAGUUGAUUCCAACCAAGUUUAUCUUGAUGGAUGGUUGAAAGAUAACAGAGCUGAGAAAGUAAAGUCUGCACCUACAUCCAACCAAGUUUACCUUGAUGGAUGGUUGAAAGAUACUCGAGGGGAGAAAGAAAAAUCCACCUCUGACUCUAACCAAGUUUACCUUGAUGGAUGGUUAAAAGAUACUCGAGCAGAGAAAGCAAAAUCCACCUCUGACACCAACCAAGUUUACCUGGAUGGAUGGUUGAAAGAUACCCGAGCUGAGAAAGCUGAAUCCAACCAAGUUUAUCUUGAUGGAUGGUUGAAAGAUAUCAGAGCUAAGAAAGAAAAGUCUGCCCAUAACUCAAACCAAGUUUACCUUGAUGGAUGGUUGAAAGAUUCCCGAGCAGAGAAAGAAAAAUCUACCUCUGACUCCAACCAAGUCUUCCUUGAUGGAUGGUUGAAAGAUACUCGAGCAGAGAAACAAAAAUCCACAUCUGAAUCCAACCAAGUUUUUCUUGAUGGAUGGUUGAAAGAUAUAAGAGCUGAGAAAGAUAAGUCCACCCCUAACUCAAACCAAGUUUACCUUGAUGGAUGGUUGAAAGAUACCCGAGCAGAGAAAGAAAAAUCAGCCUCUGACUCUAACCAAGUUUACCUUGAUGGAUGGUUGAAAGAUACCCAAGCUGAGAAAGAAAGAUCUACCGCUGACUCGAACCAAGUUUACCUUGAUGGAUGGUUGAAAGAUACCCGAGCAGAGAAAGCAAAACCAACCUCUGACUCCAACCAAGUUUACCUUGAUGGAUGGUUGAAAGAUACUCGAGUACAGAACACAAAAUCUACCGCUGACUCCAACCAAGUUUAUCUUGAUGGAUGGCUGAAGGAUAUCAGAGCAGAGAAAGCAAAAUCCAUGCCAAACUCCAACCAGGUUUACCUUGAUGGAUGGUUGAAAGAUAUUCGAGCCGAGAAAACAAAAUCCACUUCUGACUCCAACCAAAUAUACCUUGAUGGAUGGUUGAAGGAUAUCCGAGCUGAGAAAGGAAAAUCUACCCCUGAAUCCAAACAAGUUUACCUUGAUGGAUGGUUAAAAGAUACUCGAAACUAGUUCAUAUCUUUGUUAGUCAAUAUCUAUGUCAUUUCAAAAACUCAUCAUGUUUUUCCUAUGUUUUUAAUUUCUAUGUAUUGGAAGAUCUUAUUUCUAUGUACUAAGUAAGGUCUCGUUUGUGUACUAAAUAAGUUAUUGUUUUUAUGAACAAGAUCUUAUUUCUCUUCA